AUGGCGUGGAAGGUGUUGGCGUGGAUGCGCCGCAAAUUUCAAAAGCGGGAGCGGAAGCGGUGGGUGGCGAUUCAGACGGUUCCGGAUGCCGAUGUGGAGGUGCCGAUCAUCUGCCAGAUGCCCUACGAAGUACAGCAACGAAUCCUCGAUGCGAUCGGGCCGGACAAACUGGAGUCACUUUUCGAGCUCGCCUGCGCUUGUCGCAGUACCUGGCAAAUGGUCGAGGGUCGCCGAAAAGGACAGCUGCGCGUGAACGUCUACGUCAGCCCGGUAGGGGCCGUCAACUUCGAGCCGGUGCCUUUCGCGCGGGUUUGGGGAAAAAAUCGCGGGAUGUCGGUGGCAAGCCGGGAGGCGGUGAAGUUGCUAUUGGCUGGGCACCAGGUGGAGAGCAUUCGGAUUGACGAGAACGACGUCGAGUCUCUGAUGCCAUGGAUUCAGGGAAUUACGUCCCUGACGCUCUACGCACGCUCGCUGACGCUGGAAUCGGCGCAGAAGAUGAAGCCACCCGGGAAGAAAUUCGAAGAGCUCGGAUUCAAGCAGUACGAGGACACCGACGAGUUUGUCGAAUUUUGCCGGGUUAAUGCAAAGUAUCUUGUGCUCGGAAACCCGCGAAGACUGCUUGUCGACUGUAUGCCGUUCAAGAAUUCGUUGAUCGACCUGAGAAUCGGAGCGAGAAGCCACCGAGAGGUGAUCCCCUACAUUUGCGCGAUGGUGGAUGAGUGGCGGCGCGGACAGCGUCGUAUCCAUUGCCUGGCCAUUUCGAAGGAUGAGGAUGACGAGGAGAAUGACCAGGUGCAUCCGAUGGCCAACAUCUUUGGCCAUCUGUUCGAACGGGAAGAUGGGAAGCAUCUGCAACUGCAUGACUGGGGCAGCGUCAUCGAGCUGUACGACCCGGAAGUGGUUCCCUACGAACGGGUUGAACCCGAG